CUAGCCAACCGACCCCUUUUUAUAAACAACUGUCAUUUUAACAUCUCUUAUAGUUAUUGCUUUGCCUAUGAAGAGUUGACUUCAAUUCCUUUGAUGGAGUUUGCUUCUUUUUCUUCAUCAUCAUCAUCUUCAUCCUUCUUAAAAUCAGAACCCCAAUUCAUAUACGAUGUGUUCAUCAACUUUGGGGGAGAAGAUAUCGGUAGAAAGUUCGUUUCUCAUCUCCAUUCUGCCCUUUUACUAGCUCAAGUCAAAACUUUUAUUAGCAAGGAGAAUUUGCAAGAGGGAAUUAAGCUGGAAGAACACAUGCGAGCAAUAGCAAGCUCUAAGAUUGCAAUAAUUGUUUUCUCCAAGAAAUACACUGAAUCUACCUGCUCGCGUCUUGAGCUUGAAAAAAUCAUUGAAUGCCGCCAAACUUUUGGACAAAUAGUUCUGCCAGUAAUUUACGAUAUUGCACGAUUGGAUGAACAUCUUCAGAAGGUUGUAAGGGUGUUGGAAAAAGCUGCACCAGGAAGCUAUUCAGGAGAACAACUGGACCAUGCAAUGUCCAGGUGGAGCAGAGCACUAACCAAAGCUGCAGGUAUCACUGGUUGGGAUUUCAGAGAUUUCAGAUAAAGAAAUGAAUUCUUCGUAGU